AUGCCUGAUAUAACCUUUAUAAAUUUAGUGAAUUGGGUGGCUGCCUCAGCUAUGAUAUUCGGUGGUGUGGUUCCCUUCAUACCUCAAUAUCUAGAUAUUAGAAAAAGUAGAAAUGCUGAUGGUUUCUCACUAUUUGUGUGCCUUACUUUGUUGAUAGCCAACAUAUUGAGAAUCAUGUUCUGGUUUGGUAAACAUUUUGAGUUACCGUUAUUAGCUCAAAGUUUUAUUAUGGUAGUGACUAUGAUGGCUUUAGUGGAAUUGUGUGUUCGUGUCAAAAGAGAAACUGAAAUAGUUAGUGCCAAACAAAGAAGGUUUUUGGGUAAGUCUAAAUAUUUCCAAUUGAAAUUAAGAAAAUAA